GUAGAGACUUCACACCAAGAAGCGGAUCAUCGAUCGAUCAAUCCAUCAAACCCUAACCUCGAGCUUUCGAAGAAUUUCAUGUCCAUCUUGCCCUCCCUGAAUAACGGUUCAGAGUCGUCGUCUUCCUCUGCGCUCUCAGCGUCUCAAUUUCCUCCCUCCAAUCAUGGAUUCGUAUGCUCCAGCGAUCCUUUACCGCCCCUGCAAACCUCUGAUUGCCCUUCAACGGCAGCAAGCAAUCACUCAGGGCAAAUGGCACCUGGUGCACAAUCUGUUGAAUCCUUGGAAGAGGUGAGAGUAAAUGAGAGGGGGAACAAUGGCAAGAAUUCAGUUAAUCAAGGGAAGAAGGCCUUGGAUCAUGAGGAUGCUACUCGUGUCUUAGUUGGAUCGACAAAGCAGACACAAAAACCGCAUGGAUAUGCCGGUUCCACAAGCAAUCAUAAGGCUUCUGUGUCAUCUAGUUCCCCAGCAAGCUCUGGGCAAUCGUCAUGGAAAAAAUCUCAGAUGGUUAGCGGAAAUCACUUAUUGAAUUUUCAAUACAACCCUAUUUCUGUUUCUCGUUCACAGCCUAGAGCACCUCCACCACGAAGACAGCCGAAGAGAAAACCUUAUAAUAAGGACUUAUUUUUGCAAGCAAAUUACAAAUUUGUAGUGCUAGAUUCCAGGAAUUAUACAGCUGAGUUUAAUGAUCCGGACCGGAGUUUAUGUUGGGAGGAUAUUAUUUUCUUGAAGUACUCCACUCCUUUUUCCGUUCAGUGCCCCAUAUGUUUAGAUGAUCCGUUGUGUCCUCAAAUAACCUCGUGUGGUCAUAUCUUCUGCUUCCCAUGCAUUCUACAAUAUUUUUCAAUUGGUGAAGAUGAUCUUAGAGGUGAAUCCUGGAAGAAAUGCCCAUUGUGCUUCACCAUGAUUUCUUCGAAAGAUCUGUAUACUAUCCACAUUGAGAAUGUCAAGCAGUAUCGCAUUGGUGAUGAAAUAGAAUUUAUUCUGUUGACUCGUCAAAAGGACUGUUUUAAUUCUUCUGUUAGAAAGAAUGAAAACAUGAAUACUGAGACUGAGAUUUCAGACUCUUUCUCAAAAUUCACCCUGACAUCGGAUGUGGAAUUGUCUGUUAGAGAGGCGAUGUCAGAUUUGGAUAGUUGGAUAGCUAGAGCUGAUUCGGGCCUAGUAGAUGACAUUGAAAAAUUGCCUUACGUUUGUGCUGCGAUGGAGCAGUUGGAGAAUAGAAAGAAAUAUUGGAAUAAGCGUAACUCUAGUAGUAUCAAGGCGAAUGCAGGCUCUUAUGGAUCUCCACAAAGCGAAUACAUUGCAGAGGUCUAUGGGGCACGCGAAUCUCCUUUCGAAGAAGUAUCUCAUAGUAAGGAUGACGAGUCAAAUUUAUUUGGAAAACCAUCCUUGAAGAAGGUGGUAGAAGAGGUUUUUACUCCACAAGUUUCCGGUAUGAAUGAAUUGUUGGAAGAUGAAGACAGAUCUACCUCUUCUUCUGCCCCUGUUAAGAAAGAUGAAGCUUUAUACAAUUUCUUCCAGGCCAUUGAUGGUCAACACAUCAUUCUCCACCCAUUAAACAUGAAAUGUCUUCUGCACCAUUAUGGUAGUUAUGAAAGACUGCCCGACAGAAUCAGUGGCAAAAUCUUACAAAUGGAGACAGUGACACAAUCAGAAGCUACAAGGAGGCGCUAUCGCUUCUUAAGCCAUUUCUCCUUAACAACAACAUUUCAGCUUUGUGAAAUUGAUAUGGGUGAUCUGCUACCUGUUGAAUCUCUUUCACCAUUUAUGGAUGAAAUUAAGAGUCGAGAAAAGCAAAGAAAGCGACUUGCUAGAAAGGAACACAACGACAAAAUUAAGGCUGAAGCUGCCAACAGUCAGUUUGCGCCUGUGCCAUAUUACUCAUCAUAUGCUGCCACACCGAGCUUUUCAAUGGAUGACUUCGAAGCUUUGGGGAGUCCUCCUGUGGUGUCGUCGAGCCCUCCUGCCAUAACAGAAAGGUUGUCGUUUUCCAACGUUGCAAGGUUAGGUUUUGCUGCAGCACACGAUUCUCCAGCCCUGAAAACGGAUGAGAUCAAAACUACCCCAAGAAUCGACAUCCCUUUUGACACUGCUAAUGCGAGUGGUAGUAACGAAGGCACCUCGUUCGCUGAUAUAACGUCUAGAGUAAAAGAUGUCCAAGAACCUCGUACGUCUAAGCCGAAUGAAGGAGCCGGGAAAAAGGGUAAGAAGCCGAGCCGAGUUCUUUUGUCCACAGCAGGUGGGCGACGGUACUGAUCAAGCUUUUGUCUUUAAAUAUCUUACAACCUUGCAAUGACACAGUUUGUUAGGAUGGACAAUCGAGACCUUGGAUUCGUCGUGUUCUGUAAUAGUCGAAAAUUGAAUAGCAGGAGGUGAAGUAGCUUAGCAAUUCAUAAGUUUUUUGUUCAUAAAAUACAAGUUACUAUCCUUCUGCUUCA